GAUUGCCAUAACGAACGUAGUAUAUUGCACGAGAAGAACAUUGAAGGUGUACAGUGUAAGGCGGACUAUGAGAUGCGUCGCACGAUCGUAUCUAGCGAGAGAACGGGUGAUCUUACUACCUAGCUUUUGCUGCUCUCACUUGUUACCCAUGCCUCCCGAGUAUCAUCUUGAAUCCUUCUGGGAUAGCCGGUUCAAGGUGGAGGACCAUUUUGAAUGGUUAGGGGACGGAAGCAACACCAUUCUUCCUUUUCUGCGGAAAUUUUUGCGCGAUAGAAAAGCCGUAUACAGAGCUAGCCCUCCACGACUCUUGCACAUCGGAGCAGGGACUUCGACACUUUCAGACCAAAUACUCGCAGUCUACAAGGAGUUCUACAAAGAAGAUACGUUGAAAGAUGGAGUGAUGGUAAACAUUGAUUAUUCGGAGGUCGCGGUCGAGAGGGGGAAGUUAGGGAUACAAGGAGCAAAUGAUUACACACGAUGGAAACGAACGGACCUCUUAAAUUGGGAUGAUGUGCUAUCCUUGCGCAGGAUGUACGGCUCUGAAUCCAACGAGGGAGAGGAACCAUUCAGUAUAGUGGUAGACAAGAGUACCUCCGAUGCAAUCUCUUGCAACGACAGCAUCACCUUUGACAGCAGCAAAAAGUCUUCCCUCAACCUCCGAGUCGCCAGGACCUUCCUCCUAUGCUAUCCGAACAAAACGCUGUCAUAUGGGCCUGUCGAUUUGUUGGCUUUGCAUCUCGCUGCACUGGUGAAGACAGAUGGGAUCUGGAUUGUACUAUCGUAUUCCAGACAUCGCUUCGACUUCUUGAUAACAGAAGAGGGUCCAAAGGAAUCAGAGGGGGAGACUAGUGUUGCUCCAUGGGCGUAUUGGAAGGUAGAGGAUAUCACUGGAAUAGAUGCACCGUCAGGAUUGAGCAAAGUGGGGGUCUUUGCGCCAGCAGUUCAGCAUUAUGUAUUCGUCCUGCGGAGGACACAGACAGUCUUUAUGGUUUAGAAAGCGAUAUAUCAUAGAAUGGAAUGCUUAUAUCAAAAAGUGGGAGAGCAAGAGCUGGCAAAGGUCGUGGUGGCGUGAGGGUGGCGGAGUGCGGGAUUGUCAAUGCGACCGCCAUGAGCCAGCAUGAUCUUUUC